ACCUCCAGACAAUUCGCAAACGAAGUAAACAUCAAAUCAUCACAGCAAAUUCGUUCUCGCCCUCCUUCUUCCCAGUUUUCUCAGCUGAAAUCACUCAAUCUUUGACUAUACCCAACGAUGUUGAGAUGCCGAUGUUGUCGCUCGAAACCUGAAAUUUUCAGGUACCAUCUCCGCCAGGGUCCCCUAAUGCGCUCUCCCUACGGUCGCCCCCAAGCACCGCCAUCCAACCCCACAAUCUCGCCGACACAAUCCCUCCUUCACACCAGACCAUCACCAUCGCAGAAACUUUCGCGUCAAUUGAUGCCGAUGCUUUCUUCCAUCGUUCCUUCAAACGAUUCAUUGGAUUUCUUCUUUCUUCAUAGAACCUCUCCUUAAGUGCUCCGAAAUUCAAAGAGACUCUGACGGUCGCGAUUAAACAGGGGCAAUGCGGAAAGACUGAUCAGUAAU